UCUCAAUUUUUUCUGCGUUGCGGCUGAAUUAUCAACAAAGCGGACAGUGAAGAACAGAGUUGCCUCCUCCGAAAUAGUGAGAGAGACUCGUUUUCCAUCAUUUGCGUUCAGUGCUCAAGUGCUAUUUCCAUUCCACUGCUCUUCUACAAUUUCAGGUGUUGGAAGAAAGAAUUCCGGGCAAAUUGAAAUUUGAAUCCUGGGGCCGCUAAGGUUUUUAGUCUACUGACGUUGUUAUCAGAAGUUUGGCAACCGAAUAUGGCAAUUUGCGUGUCAACAAACUUCGCAUCUGUUAAUACUCGAAAUUCAGCUGGAAUGCUAACUGUUCUUGGAGGAAGGACAUUGAACGACAAUUACCCGGGGAGAGCAAGUUGCAUGAAAUUGUAUGACAAACGAAAGUCAGUUUUGAUUCAUAUUAAGUGCUCUGCUAAUUCCCAUAGUGUCAGUCCAUAUCAUAGUCAAGACCCUUUCCUUGAUCUACAUCCUGAGGUGUCACUGCUUAGAGGGGAAGGGAACACUGUAGGCUACAACCCGAGAAAGGAUAAUUCAAGUGAAAACGUCUCUGAGAGCUUAGAUGUCACAUCUAGUCCUACUGGUUACAAUGAAGCAAAGAUCAAAGUUAUCGGUGUGGGAGGUGGAGGGUCUAAUGCAGUCAAUCGCAUGUUGGAGAGUUCAAUGAAAGGUGUAGAAUUCUGGAUUGUUAAUACUGAUGUUCAAGCUAUUAGAAUGUCACCCGUCUUUCCUGAGAACCGUUUGCAAAUUGGUGAAGAGCUUACCCGGGGUCUUGGAGCUGGUGGUAACCCCGACAUUGGCAUGAACGCUGCCAAAGAAAGCAAGGGAUUAAUAGAAGAGGCACUUUACGAAGCUGAUAUGGUGUUCGUUACAGCUGGUAUGGGUGGAGGCACUGGAACUGGUGGAGCUCCAGUUAUUGCUGGUUUGGCAAAGUCAAUGGGCAUACUGACUGUGGGUAUUGUCACAACUCCUUUCUCUUUUGAAGGACGAAGGAGGGCAGUUCAAGCGCAAGAAGGAAUUGCAGCCUUGAGAGACAAUGUUGACACGCUCAUAGUCAUUCCUAAUGACAAGCUAUUGAAUGCAGUAUCUCAAACUACCCCUGUCACUGAAGCAUUCAAUCUAGCUGAUGAUAUUCUUCGACAAGGUGUUCGUGGCAUCUCUGAUAUCAUAACUAUACCAGGACUGGUAAAUGUAGACUUUGCUGAUGUUCGAGCAAUAAUGGCCAAUGCAGGUUCUUCACUGAUGGGUAUUGGAACUGCAACUGGAAAAACAAGAGCAAGAGAUGCUGCAUUAAAUGCUAUUCAGUCACCUUUACUAGAUAUUGGUAUAGAGAGGGCUACUGGAAUUGUAUGGAACAUAACUGGCGGAAAUGAUCUGACCUUGUUUGAGGUAAAUGCUGCUGCGGAGGUUAUAUAUGACCUUGUGGACCCUGCUGCCAAUUUAAUUUUUGGAGCAGUAAUAGAUCCAUCGCUAAGUGGUCAAGUAAGCAUCACAUUAAUUGCAACUGGAUUCAAGCGUCAAGAGGAAAGUGAAGGGAGACCCUUGCAGGCAAGUCAGCUUACACAGGGAGAUACGACUGCUGGUAUCAACAGGCGACCCUCCUCUUUCAAUGAUGGUGGUUUGGUUGAGAUCCCUGAAUUUUUAAGGAAGAAAGGACGUUCACGCUAUCCUAGAGCUUAAAACAACUGCAUCAAAGGAAUACAAGUAAACGGCUUUAGGAAUUAGGUCCCCAUUUUGCCUUUUGACGCCGCCUUUUAUGUCAGUGUUGUGCAACACGCACCCAGUUUAUUCAUGUAAGCUUAGCUUUGUACUUGGGGGAGUUUUUUGUGCGCUUUAGCAGCAAUAUUGCAGCCUUAGCACUUGUCUGGUUGGCAUGGUCGAACAAGUAGGAUAAAUGUACAGGGAAUGUUUCAUAAAUCCGUGAUUCGGAGAUGGUUCUCGUCUA